UUGGUGCUACUGCCCAUGUGCCGCUCCCUGCUGACCUACCUACGAGGAACACACACGGUAUCGAGCAGGAAGACACGCAGGCUGCUGGACAAAAGCAAGACCUUUCACGUGGCGUGUGGAGUCGCCAUCUGCGUCUUCUCUGUUGUGCAUGUCUCCGCUCACCUGGCAAAUGUUGUCAGCUUCAGUGUGGGCUACUCAGACGACUUCCCAGCACUGAACAUGGCUCGCUACAGGGGAGAGGACCCCAGGGUGAUCAUACUGACGACAGUUCCAGGGGUCACUGGUAUCCUACUGGUUCUCAUCCUCUUCCUGAUGUUUACAGCCUCCUCCUACUGCAUACGGGUGUCAAACUAUGAGAUCUUCUGGUACACGCACAACCUCUUCAUUGUCUUCUACAUCAUCCUUAUGGUGCACAUGGUCGGUGGAGUUCUGAAGUAUCAGACCAACGUUGAUGCCCACCCCCCUGGCUGCCUCCAGGCCAAUCAGAGUAGAGCAGAACAACAAAGGGAGGAACUGAAGCAGGACGAACAUGAGGAGAGGAGAUGCAGAGAAGAAGCUCACUUCCAACCCCACUAUCCUCAGACUUGGCUGUGGGUGUCCGGCCCGCUGUGUCUCUACUGUGCCGAGCGGUUCUACCGGUACAUCAGGAGCAGUGACCCUGUUACCAUAGUGACGGUCGUCAGGCACCCCUGUGAUGUCAUCGAGGUGCGCAUGUUGAGGAGAGGCUUCAAGGCCCGCCCGGGGCAGUAUAUUGUUCUCAACUGUCCAGGUGUUUCGUCAUUCGAGAAUCAUCCCUUCACGCUAACAACAUGCCCUACGGAGAAAAAGGAAACGUUUGGGAUCCAUCUUCGAGUCGUCGGAGACUGGACUGAGCGGUUUACUGAACAAUUGCUCCCUGAACCAGGGAUAGAGAAUGAAGUCCUCCCCAUGGUGCAGCAGAGAAGAUACCCCAAGUUAUAUGUUGAUGGUCCAUUUGGCAGUCCUUCCGAGGAGGUGUUCAACUAUGAGGUCAGUCUGUGUGUGGCUGGUGGGAUCGGAGUCACGCCAUUCGCCUGUGUGCUACAUGCUCUGCUGGAUGGCUGGAUGGGGUUCAGGUUGAGGAGACUGUACUUCGUGUGGGUCUGCAGGGAGCUCCAGUCUUUCUACUGGUUUGCUGAGCUGCUGUGUGCCCUGCAUCAUAAGCUGUGGCAGGAGAACAGGCCAGACUAUCUGAAUCUGAAACUGUACGUCAGCCAGCCGGCCAGCCUGCAGGUCAUGUCUGAGGAGAAGUACCGCACUCUCAGCUCGAGGCUCCUGGUUGGUCGGCCCCGGUGGAAGCUGCUGUUUGAUGAGAUUGGGAAGACCAGUAAACAUAAGCGAGUGGGAGUAUUCUGCUGCGGACCUAAAGGCAUCUCCAGGACCCUCCACAGACUGUGUAACUCAGACCGCUACACUGGAACAACCUUCGAGUUCAACAAGGAGUCCUUCAGCUGAGACCAGACCGGACUGCAGACGUGGCCCUACACACUCCAUAUGCAUACUCAAUGACAAACAACAUUUUGCAAAAAUGUUUACAUGUACGUUUGGGGCCAGUGACUCAUGAAUGUACAUGUGAUGUACAUUUCUACAUUUUCCGGGCCAAUUUCGGAUUUACGAAAUCCUGUUGUGUUUUUGUUUUUUUGUUUUUUAAUCUAAGCUUCAGAAAUUGUCCCGUCAACUAAUUUCUACUCCGUCUGCCACCCCACCAGAAUAAGGUCUUAAAAUCAACCAAAGCCUAGUGGUCUCCUCCUGGCCCCCCUGGCCCAGAGUCCCUGGUCUGGCCUUCCCUCCAGCUGU